ACCCACUCCCAUUACAGAACUGAAGAACCCGGUGUAUCAGUAAUUUUCCUAUACAUACUACCUACUACUUAUUUUAGUAAUUUUGAUUUGACACUUGCACUUGCACUUAUUGGGAGGUACGAGCUAGAUAACAGUGGGCGUAUUAUAGAUUAGUUUUUAAGUUAAAUCUACACUUUUCAAUUAAAAUUGAACACUACUACGCCCAAGACAGUAGACUUUCAGUGAGUAAUCAAAACUUACUGGAAUACAAGUUACUCUCGGAAAUCCAUUGUUUGUAUAGUGCCUGUGUGCAAUAUAGUGUUAACAAUUUUUAUGUGAUAAACAAGUACCAAAAACUUCGAAAUGGCCUGGAGAUUCAAAGCUAGCAAAUACAAAAAUGCGGCUCCCAUCGUGCCAAAACCUGAGAAUUAUGUUCGAGAUAUCUGUGUUGGAUCCUACCAAACUUAUGGAAACAACAUCACAGCUUCUGCAAAAUUUAUGGCAUUCAACUGGGACCAUGCAGGUUCCAGUUUAGCUGUUUUACCUCUGGAUGAUUCGGGUAGAAAGAGUAAGCUCAUGCCUUUAUUACAUGCCCAUUCAGAUACUGUAACUGAUAUGGACUUCUCACCAUUCCACGAUGGACUCUUAGCUACUGGCUCCCAGGACUGUUUGGUUAAAAUCUGGCAUAUUCCAAAAGAGGGUCUUCAGGAAUCUAUCAGCAAUGCGGAAUGUACAUUUUCUCAUAAACAACGACGAGUAGAAACUGUUGGCUUUCACCCAACGGCAGAUUUUCUUCUGCACUCCACAUCCUAUACCAAUCUGACUCUUUGGGAUCUGAUUUCCGAACAGGAAAUAUUUUCGAAUGGAGACCACACCGAAGUUAUACAAUCCGUCAGCUGGAAACGUGAUGGAAUGCUUCUUGCAACUUCUGCUAAAGAUAAGCAGGUACGUAUUUUGGAUCCAAGGGCAGAACAACCGUGUCUCAAAACUGCAAACUCUCACCCAGGAAUCAAAGAUUCACGGGUGGUAUGGCUAGGGGAGCAAAACAGAAUUCUUACAACUGGAUUUGAUGCUCAAAGAUUGAGGCAGAUCAUCAUUAGGGAUCUAAGGAAUUUUGGGGAGCCUGAAAAGACUUUGGAGUUGGACUGUUCGACAGGCAUUUUGAUACCAUUGUAUGAUCCCGAUACAGGGAUGUUAUUUUUGGCUGGAAAAGGAGACACAACAAUUGGCUACAUGGAAGUUACGGACAAAGAACCUUUUCUUGUCGAGGGUAUUCGACACUCUGGCGAGCAAACCAAAGGUGCUUGUUUGGUGCCAAAACGAGCUUUGAAUGUUAUGCAAGGAGAGGUUAAUCGCAUACUACAGCUGACCAGUUCGUCAGUCAUUCCCAUUAUGUAUCAAGUGCCAAGAAAAACCUACAGAGAUUUCCAUUCAGACAUAUACCCAGAUACUCCUGGAUAUAUUACUGAGUUGUCUGCCUCUCAAUGGAUGGAAGGGAAAAAUACUACCUUACCAAAACUCAACUUGGAUCCUGGAAAACGAGAAAAUGGAGAAGAUCCCAUAGUAAUUCACCGUGGACCUCUUCAGAAAUUGCGUGAUGAAUACAGCACUCAGAAAAGUAUGAACCCGGAGCCUAAACCCAAAAUAACUGCCGCUGUGACAAAAACUGAAUACCAACCAGUGAGAGAUAUAGUCAAGGACUUGGAGAAGGAUAACAAACAGUCUGAGGAAGAACGAAAUAACUUGAUCACGAGGAACUUGGAAAGCGAGUUAGAUAAGGUAAAUACUCCUGCGGUCAUCCCUCCUAAACCUUUACCCAGGACUUCCAGGACAAGUUCUAUCUGUGAAGCUACCAUAGAAGAUCCCAAUGCUCCCAAGCCUGUGGCUAGACCCCGUACUAACAGUGUUGCCCCCAUUGUGACCUCUGUCAAUCCAAGCGUGCCUAUAGCUGGAGGAUACAAGCCGAGACUAGGUCCAAAACCAUUUACUCCUCCCAAUCUGGGUGACAACGAAAAUGCCUUUACCAAGGUGUUUGCUGUUCCUGCGGUACCAGGUCAAAACGGUAUCUGUUCUGACAAACCACAAAGCCCUGUCGAAGAAAAAGAUAAGUCACCCACCAUCGCAGUAGCCGAACCGGUUCCCAGCAAAACUGAUACUGAGAGUGGCAAAUCAGGUUCCAGUGGUGAGGAUGAGACCAGCGGUGACUCUGGUUACAUACCUAGGACGCCCACGACUGCUGAAAGGAGAAAAAUGUUCGAAACCCAUUCGAACUCUAAAGAAAAUGAGUCUGAAGAAAACCUUGACUCGGUUGAUUUCGAAAGAGGAUCCAUGAGAGCUAGUAUUGCUGAAAGGAGAAAAAUGUAUGAAAGCAGGUCACAAUCUGUUCAGGAACAAGGUGUGGAGAAGAAGGAGGGAUCCCCAGUGAUGUUGAGAAGGAAGGACUCAUUGAAAAAUAAAAAGAAUACUGAGGACUUGCUCAAAGACGAUAAUAAUCGAAAAAGUGUGCCUAUGCCGAAGCAACAAUCAAUGGAUCCUGUUAGCGUGAGAAAAAGUGAAGUUUCCAUGCCAACGCCAAAGAGGACUUCAACCGUUUUUGGUCGAGUAUCAAAAUUCAGACACCUCAAAGGAACUCCAUCGCACAAAUCUUUCCACAUAGAAAAUAUUCGAAAUUUGAGCAGGCAGAUCUCAGGAGAAUGUGACGGGUUUCACGCCAAUCCUGAACGAGUGGCGGUACCUUUAAGUGGUCCCGGAGGCAAAAUUGCUACGUUUGAACUCAGUAAAACAGGUAAACUUCCCGAUGGCGUAAUUCCUGCAUUGGUGAACGGCAAUAACAUAAUGGACUUCGCUUGGGACCCAUUUGACUUUUGCAGACUAGCGGUGGCUUGUGAUGACGGGGUCGUUAAACUGUGGAGAAUCCCAGAAGGCGGGCUUCUUGAACCCACUAAUGAACCCGAAUCAGAAUUGAACGCACACUCUGAUAAAAUUUAUUUCAUCAAAUUUCAUCCAACUGCUAAAGAUGUUCUUGCGACAGGAUCAUACGACAUGUCAAUAAAAUUAUGGGAUUUGGCGACUUUGACGGAAAAAAUCACACUGAAAGGUCACACUGACCAAAUGUUCAGUUUUGCAUGGUCCCCUUGUGGUUCCUUCUGUGCCACUGUUAGCAAAGACAGCAAAAUUCGUAUCUACAAGCCGAGACAAAGUGACAGCCCAAUCAGAGAAGGAAAGGGUCCUGAGGGAAAUCGAGGAGCUAGAAUUGUAUGGGCGCUAGAUGGCCAUUUCAUCGUUGUCACUGGGUUUGAUAAGGUUUCCGAGAGACAAAUAACAGCAUACAAGUCCAAUGAUUUGAGUUCACCUCUUAAUACAGUAGGUUUGGAUGUAUCUCCUGCAAUUCUGAUACCUUUUUAUGAUGAGGAUAGUUCAACACUUUUUGUUACUGGAAGGGGUGAUUCAACAAUCUAUGCUUUUGAAAUAACAGAAGAAACUCCAAAUAUUUGUCCUUUGAGCCACCAUCGAUGCAACGGGUUACAUCAGGGUCUAUCUUUUCUUCCCAAAAAUGUCUGUGAUGUCUCUAACGUAGAGUUCGCCAAAGCCUAUAGACUCACAAACAAUUCGAUUGAACCUUUGUCGUUCACUGUACCAAGGAUAAAGACUGAUUUAUUCCAAGAUGACCUAUUCCCGCCAACUAGAGUUACAUGGACACCCACAUUGACAAGUUCUGAAUGGUUUAGUGGAAGUGAUAAAAUUCCCAAAAGGAUCAGCUUAAAACCUGAAGGAAUGGACUUACUAUCGGAAUCUCAAGGACAACCAAACACUGCCAGCGAAAGAACAAUCAAUAAAUCUGCUUCGACACCAUUCAUAGGAUCUGCUCAGGCAUAUAGAGGAGUGGGAUGGGAUGCAGAUAUAUCUGGACAAACGAAAAACAAACAAGAAGAAUUGAAAAAAUCUGUGAGUAACAAACUGGAAGUGAACAUGAGUUUGGAACAAGACAAUAUGGAAGGAGUAGAUGAGAAGGAAUGGAAUGAAUGAAAGCGAUAACUUUCCGGUUGGACACCGAUAUCGUCGUUUACUAUAACAAAAUUUACGGAAAAAUAUUAUUUUGCUCUCUCAUGUAAAGUAUACUUCGUGAAACAUAUUCUCAGCCUUACAGUAUGAUAUAAUAAGGUUAUGUCUAUAAGGUUCAACUAUUGAACAAAUUCGUACAUGAAGCUUCUUAUUAUAAGUUUUAUUAUUUUUAUAUGAUAUUUAUACAUGACUUUGCUUCGCCCUCUCGAUGAAACUAGACUAUGUGAUGGUUCUUUUUUAAAUUCAAGGUGUGCUGGAAGAAAGAAAAGUAAAUUGGAUCAAUUAUUUUCUCUUAAAAAAAAUAAUGAUCACACUCUUAGAAAUUUUACUUUCUGCCAGAAUUAUUGCACAUUUUUAAUAUCUGGAAGUCAGUUAUAUUCAAAAUAUAGUUAGGUCAAAGAUUUAUGUACUAUAUAGUUAUUUUCGUAAUUUUAUUCUGGUUUUUCCCAGUGAGUUAUUUUUAAUUUGAGACUUUUUCUGUUGGAAAAGUAAUUUAAUGUUUUUGUUGUGAAGGUAUAUUGUGUGAAUUGAAAAUAUUUUCUUAUUUUGGGGUCGAAUUAUCAGUGGCCUCUGUAUCGUUGAAUGUGACAUAUGCUUCGUGUAUUCUCCUAGAGAAAAAGCAAUAUUCCAAAACUAGUUGUAAGUUCUUAUAUAACAAUAUUUUUAUAUUUUUACUAUAUACCCGGUUUUAAUGAAAGCUGUUUGAACAAAAUUUAAAGUUUAUGAACACCUACUUGAGAUUACCUUGAAAAGCUAUCUUCAAAUUACUUUUCUUUCGAUGUGAUUUGAUCAUAUGCCAGCAACUAUGGCCUAUUACUGUAGGCCACCUUGAAUCAUGUCCUAAAUGGUAUUCAAACAAUUGUGUUUUGUGCUUGGUGUCCCUCAAGUCCUUUAUUCUAGAGGUACCAGGUAUAUUAUUAAUAUAAUGGAUAUUACUAAAAUGACGUCUAGUCACUUUUAACAUGCUUUAAUCAAUAUUUUGUGAUCUCUGUUCAGAUACUCUGCCAUUUUAAUUGUUAAAUCGAGCAUUCCAAAUCCGGACCACUGCAUUUUUUUUUUGUUUUUUGAAGUAAUUUUCAUUCCCUGCAGCUGGUCUGUGCCAAAACUUAUAAAAAUCAUCAUUGACCAAAGUCGCUCAUUCCUCAAACAUUUUUACAAAAAUAAACGCUCAAAAAUAUAUCAAGCGAAAUGUAUUUUGGUACAUUUUUUAGUCGUUAAGUGCUAUACAUAUAAUAACUAAUUGUGUAUGGUGUGAUUUGCCUAUUUUUCCUGUUGUUUUUCAAUACUAUCGACACUAGACAAUUUUGAAUUAAUUAUUUUGUAAUGAGAUGUAGAACAACAGGAAAAGGUGAACACACGGUGGAGCCAAAUUUUGAUAUUAUAUAAAUUCUUAUUGUUUUUAGUUCAGUCUUGAAUUUUUGGGCCACCUCGUAAUAUUUGUAUUUAUAUGUGUAAUUCUUUCUCAUUUUUAUUAGUGUUGUAAAUGUAGACUGUAGUUUCAUAUAAUUAACGCCAGAUAAAUUAUUGAAAUAAAUUAUUUCUACCAUUUAAAAUCA